AGUGAUGUUCUCCUUUUGCGCCGGUGCCACCGCACGGCGAUGGUCGCGCCGAUCUCGCGCCACCACGGCGACGGAUGGAGGUCUUCCCAGUCGGUUGGGACCGCCUCUCGGCGGCGCUGAGACGACCGGCGCCGGCUUCGGCCUUGACGCCGCGGGCGCGGCGGGCAUCACGACGCGUCCCCUGCAAUCCUUGCUCCGCCUGCGUCAUGAGCCAUUUAGAUGUCAAAUAUGAGCAAAAAGUGAGACCAUGGCUUGAUCUUGCUGAAGACUUGAGAGGACUGUCGCUGGAUAAUACCUUGUCUGUGCCGCAGAUUUGUGUAAUGGGCGACCAAAGUUGUGGGAAAAGUUCUGUAUUGGAAGCAUUGUCUGGGGUUCCCUUUCCUAGAGGAUCCGGAUUAGUUACGCGAUGUCCAGUCCGUCUGAUCAUGCGUCGCUCUGAUGGGGAUUGGUCAGCAACAGCCUCUACCACACUGUCUUCUCACACGGUCAAAGCAAAUAGCCCAGCUGAACUAACAGCAAUCAUCUCAAGACUCACAGAUACUCUGACCAAGAACUCACAUGGAUUUUCAACUGAAUCAAUUGUUGUGCGGCUUGGCUCUUCGGAAUCACCAGAUCUUACGGUGGUAGAUCUACCAGGCAUAGUGCGUACUGCUACAUCUGGCCAAGACCCCAAAGUUAUUUAUGAAGUCAACGAGCUCAUUGACACUUAUCUCAGACAAGAACGCACAAUUAUCCUCGCUGUUAUACCAUCAAAUCAGGACAUUGCCACCAUAGAUAUCCUGGAGCGGGCUCAAACUGUAGACCCCGGCGGCGAGCGAACAAUCGGCGUCCUGACCAAGCCAGACUUAAUAGGCCCUGGGAAUGAGGAGGAGGUAAUGGCAGUCUUAAACAAUUUACGAAAGCCGUUGCGGCUCGGCUACAUAAUGGUGAAGAAUCGUUCUCAAGCUCAAGUUAAACAGGGAAUAUCUCAUAAGUCAGCACUGGAUAAUGAAGAGUUAUUUUUCCAAAACCACAAAGCCUUCUCAUGUCUAGAUAAGCGAUUUUGGGGGAUCAAAAAUCUCACAUCAGCGCUUACCAAUUUGCUUGUUGUUCGGAUCCAAGAGCAGCUAGCGCCUAUGAAACGGCAAGUGGAAGUGAUGUUGAGCAAAGUUCGGGCGGAUGUACGAGCUAUAUCAUCAUAUGGGACGGCUACAACAGCCAGCGAACGACAAAAACUGCUUGUGACACUUACACAAGAAUUUGUACGACAUCUGAAUGAUUGUGUGCGUGGAGAGUAUCGAGAUAGACUUAUAGUUUGUAAUCCAAAUUUAAGGCUUUACACACGCGCAUUGGUGAUUUUCCAAGAGCUUCAGUCACGCGUGAUCUCCACGGCACCCUUGUUUCAGGCUGGUGAUUUUGUGACCAAUCUGGCUCGCCAGAUGGAAGCAUUGCGUGGUCGUGAGUUGCCUGGAUUCAUGAGUGCCCAAUCAUUUUACAUGUUUAUUCAGGAAUUCAUAGACGCAUGGGAAGCACCUGCCCGAAUGGCCGCAGCUCAAAUGCGGGCACUUGCAAAUGAAGUCGUCAGCGAACUCUUCCAAAAGAUUGCAGUAUCAUACCCCGUUCUGCGUGAAUGCUUCAAGGAAGUGGCCUCAUCAAUUUUGGAACAGUCGGAAUGUCAGGCAUUGACUUUAUUGGAGGGGCUUGUAAUGCGCGAGAAGGAUCCAUUUACUAUCAAUGAGUUCCUGCAAGCCCAUAUCAACAAGCUCAGAUAUGAUCGAUUUGAGACAACAAAGGAGCAUGUUGGGGCCUCUCUUCGAUCCUGGUAUCGUGCCGCACAUGGCGUGAGUUCUUCAGCAAAUGCAGAAGACAUGUCAGCCAUUUUGGAAGCCUAUUGGACGUUGGCAUCUAAGCGAUUCAUUGACAACGCCUGCAUGUGCCUGGAUGACCGUAUCUUAGGCACUCUCUGCGGAAAAUUGCAGGAGCAAUGCUAUCAGUUCGUGCAUGAUGAAAACAAGCUACAGGCUUUUUUUACAGAAGAUGCAGCGUUGGUUGCAAGCCGCUCUAGCCUCGAGGAAAAACGUGACCGGCUAAUAAAAGCCAAUACUGCCAUGGCUAAUAUCCAAGUGAAUCGUAAACUGAUUCGAUCGCACGGUACUUCAAGUGGACAGACAGAUGUUGUCAGCAUCUCGAUUGGUACUGGGGCCCAUGGCCUGGGGCUUCAGCUUGCUGAUGAGGACCAUUUAGUGGUGAUUAGAGGUUUCAGGACUGGAAGUGCGGCAAAACAAGCUGGAGUGAAGUUGAAUGAUGUUCUCAUCAAAAUCAACGGGGAAUCAUUUGCCUCGUUCCAAGAAGCAAUCGGAAAGCUAAAAACUUCAAAUCAGGGGCAGAUAAAUUUGACGCUACGGCGUGAAAUCAUACAAGUGCGUUCAAACUCCUAAAUCAAGACAUGCGAAUCAAAACUGUAUUAACCACGCGAAUUACCUGGCCAUCUGCGACUGGGGUCGCCGUCGUCACACUUGUCUCCCUCCCGAGGGCGAGUUCAUUAUCCCCGCACAUUAUCCCCCUGGCCCUGAGGGUGUUGCAAUUCCACGUCGUAAUUUCAAGUAUUGGCCUU